UGAUAUUUGAAAGAAAUCACAAACAAAGUUUCGUCAAAACAGCGUUUUUUCUAUUCUUUUUAUCACUUGUCUUGUAAACCAUUUUGACAUUGGCAACAAACAAAAAAUCAUGUUGGAUUAUAAUUUAAUUUAAUUUCAAUAAGACGCAGCCAAUUGAUACAAAGUUGUGACUAAAACUUAAAAAUGUCCAACGGAAAGAUAUUAUUUCGAUUGGAUUUUCCACACGGACCAGGCACCGUACAUUUUACAUUUCAAACAGGAAGCUCAGGAAAUCAUCUUGUAACAACCGGCUCCGAUGGAACUGUUGCAAUUUACAAUCGUCAAGGCCAACUUCAAGAUCGAAUUGUAUUACAAGCAUUGUGCACCGGUUUGGCAUGGGAUCAUGAAGGUGAUAUAUUGAGUAUCAUAACGAAUAGUUCGUCUCAGAUAAUUCUAUGGGAUAUAAACAUACGUCAAAAGCAUAUCGUCGAUACAGGCUUACGAGAUUCUCUGUCAUGCAUUAUAUGGUCGAAAACAUCGCAAAUAUUGGCGGUCGCCUCAACACGAGGAAAUCUUGCCAUUUACAAUCAUCAAACAACAAAACGAACGCCAAUAUUGGGUAAACAUUCGAAGCGUAUAACAUGCGGUGCAUGGUCAAGAGAUAAUAUAUUGGCACUUGGAUCCGAGGAUAAAACAUUCUCAUUGAGCUCUGAAGACGGUGAUUCGUUGCGUGUUAUUCAAUUACGAGACAUUCCAAGUGAUAUGUGCUUUGCCGAAAUAAAAACCGAUGAACGUGUACCCGGCGAAAAUACAAUUAGUAUGAUAAUUGGUAAAAAGACGCUGUACUUAUAUCAUUUGCCGGAGCCCGAUUCGCCGGCCGAGCUUGGAUUUCAGCAUAAAUAUGGAAAUUUAUUGCAACAUAAAUGGUUCGGCGAUGGAUAUAUUCUAUUGGGAUUUUCACAGGGAAAUGUGGUGGCUAUAUCAACGCAUCCGAAAGAAGUUGGCCAAGAGCUAUGGCAAAUUCGAAAUCAUCGAGAUUCGUUGAGCGCAAUUGCCGUUUCAAAGGCAUUAGAACAGAUUGCGUCAUCCGGCGAUGAUAAAAUUAAAAUCCAUGCAAUCAGUAAUCUACAAGAGACGGUUAGCAUUCUCACCGUUCCCGAUCAGUCGGGCGUUAAAGCGAUGGAUUGGAGUGUUGACGGUCAAUUGAUUGCAACAUCAACGACACAAGGAUCGGUUUAUGUGUUUGUUACAAAAAUGUCUGUUUUGAGUACCGUUUCCUUUCCACGAAUUGCAAUUCUAAGUAGCUUGGCCGAGGUUUCCAUUUAUAAUUAUUCAUUGGACAAAAUUAAAACUCCACAUUGUGUUAUUCCGCUCGAAAUUGAACCGUCGGUCAUUGCGGUUGGUCCAUUUCAUUUUGCAUGUGGCAUGAACAAUCAUGCAUGGUUCUAUGACCUCAGUCGACCCAUUGAUGAUGCACCGAUAUCUUUGGGGGAUAAAGAGUACAUUGCCGAAAUUAAUGAUCUUAAAUUAAAUGCCAAAUAUUGUGCAGCACUUAUUGGUGGACGAGUCUCAUUACAUCCCAUUCCGCCAAAUACCUCAAUAAUGAAAGAUCAACAAGCUAGAAUGUUUCCCGAAAAUACACAUGGCAUGCAAGAAUCUGUGAUAACUUCAAUUCUUCUAACAUCCGAAUUUCUUAUCUUCUCCAAUGAUCUCGGUCACUUGGUAUUCUUUUCACUGGAAUUUUGGACUAACGUUGUUACGUAUCGUCACACAAUGGGCAUUCGAAACAUAUAUUCCGAUGUGGAUGGAACGAAAAUCAUAUUUGUUGAUGACCAUAAUCAAGGAUAUAUCUUUUGUCCGUCAGAUGAAGAUGCAGUCAUGAUACCAAAUUUUCCAAAAAAUUGUAGCAACAUUUUGUGGGAUUCAUUGCCGAGCCGAACAUUUGUUGUAUUCGAGAGUAAAUUGUGUACAACAUAUGUCUAUUCAAAAUACUCAAUAAACAAUAAACAUGUGAUGAAAAUAAGCGAAACACCGAUACUAUCGGAUCAAACGCCAUUGGUACUGUAUGACAGUGAAUUGUGUUUGGCCACAAGCGAUGGUAGUUUGUCAACAAUAGUAUUGACGUCGCACUUGAAUUUACCAUCGAUCGAAACAACGGAUCAACUUAAAAUGUUGAUUGAUAUGAGAAGAUUCGAUGAUGCAUGGCAUUUAUGUAAAACAAUGAAUCGAACGGAUGUAUGGCAAGAUUUGGGCAAAGCCGCAAUUGCCGAGCUUGAUAUCAAUUUUGCAAUUCGUGUCUAUCGUCAAAUUGGGAAUGCGUCAACGGUGUACGCAUUAAAAACUAUUUCAUCAAUUGAAGAUAUAAAUUUUGUGUCUGCAUUUUGUGCGCUAUUGCUCGGUGAAACGGACAAAGCGAAAACAUUCUUUGCAAAAAGUAUAAAUCCAGUGGAAGCAUUAGAUUUAUGUCGAGAUUUAUUACAAUGGGAACAAGCCAUUACGCUGGCUGAUACAUUGGCGCCCGAACAAAUUCCACUUAUAGCCAGAGAAUAUGCUCACCAACUCGAAUUCACUAAUCGAUAUGCUGACGCUCUAGCCAACUAUGAAAAGGGAAUGGAUCGAUCAACAUUGGACCGCAUUCGAUUGAGUGAAAGUGCAUUGGAAGAGCAUAAACGAAUGUGUGAAUUUGGAAUCGCUCGUACAAAUAUCAAACUGGGGAAUUUCAAAAAAGGGAUCAAUCUGGCGACCGAGCUGAAAGAUAAGCAAUUAUUUGAAGAUUGUGGCGAAGCGUUGACAACAAUGAAUGAAACUGUUGAGGCGGCACGCAUGUUUGAAUUGGCUGAGAAUUGGGAUCAAGCGUCAAUGCUAUAUGUUCAAUUAAAGGCGUGGCAAAAGGUUCGUUCAAUUUUACCGCAUGUAACUAAUUCGAAAAUGCAUGCCAUUUAUGCAAAAUCAUGUGAGGCCGAUGAAAAUUUCAAUGAAGCCAUCGAAUAUUAUCGCAAUGCCGGUGAUUUGGAUAGUGUAAUACGAAUUUAUGUGGAACAAUUGGCCGAUCCGCAUAGUGCAGCUGAGAUUGUGGUCGAGACACGAUCAAUGGACGGUUCAAAGCUACUGGCACAGUUUUAUCAAAGUGUCGGCGAUCAUGAACAGGCUCUACGGUUUCUUAUUCUUUGUGGUUCACUGAAUGAAGCCUUUAUAUUGGCAAAAAAACACAAAAAAAUACGUCAAUAUGCCGAAUUGCUGGAAAACUCAGACACAGCAAGUGCCAAUAAUUUCUUAAGUAUUGCAGAGUAUUUUGAGAAUGAAAAAUACACACUUUUAGCCGGAAAAUAUUACUAUUUUGCCAAGGAAUACACAAAGGCGUUGAAAUAUUUAUUAAAAGCAUCAACAUUCAGUAUGGACGAAAGUACGGCACUUGUUUUGGCCGUUGACUGUGCCGCUUCCUCAAAUGAUGAUAAAAUUGCUAAUCAAUUGAUUGAAUUUCUGCUUGGCGAACGGGACGGUUCGCCCAAAGAUCCAAAGUAUUUAUUUGGCUUGUAUAUGGCACGAAAACAAUUCAAAGAAGCCGCUAAAACGGCUGUUAUCAUAAGCAAUCAAGAACAAAUUGCUGGAAAUUAUCGUAAUGCACACGAUUUACUUUUCUCCAUGUAUCAGGAAUUACGGAAAAAUAAUCUAUCAAUUAGUGCUGUGAUGGUUGGGAAUUUAGCAUUACUCCAUCGUUAUACAUUAGUACGAACACAUGUAAAGAUUGGUGAUCAUCAUCAAGCUGCAAAGCUACUAAUUCAAGUUGCUGCCAAUAUUUCACGAUUUCCAGCUCACACUGUUCCGAUAUUAACGUCAACCGUAAUUGAGUGCCAUCGGGUUGGAUUUCAAAAGGCAGCAUUUUCAUAUGCAUCAAUGUUGAUGAGAUCAGAAUAUCGCAGCCAAAUUGAUCAAAAAUAUGCCAAGAAAAUUGAAGCGAUCGUUAGGAAAGCACCGAAUGGAAUCAAGGAUACCGAAGACGCAUAUCAAGAUGAAACACAACCAUGUCCAAUUUGUGAGUGUAAUCUACAAAUCAUGGAAUUGUCGUGUCAUCAGUGCAAAACCAAUUUACCAAUGUGUAUUGCUACGGGUCAGCAUGUCGCCAAAGGUGAUGUUGUCGCAUGUCCUGCAUGUGAUUUCCUAUGCUUUCAACCGCAAAUGACCAAAGUUUUAAAUGCAACGAAUCAAUGCCCCAUGUGUAGCGAAAUCAUCGAUUCGAAUCAAUUAAACGAAGUGACAAAUAUUGCCGAUUAUCUGAAUAUAUCUUAAGAUUGUGUUUUUAUUAUGUGGAUUCUUUUUUUCUGAAUAUUUAUUGAAUAAUAAAAUAAAUACACUAAAGCGUU